AUGAAGUUUGCUCUUAGCAUCGCAGGCCUCGUCCUCGCCGUCUCGGUGGCCGCUCGCCCCGGCUCGAGCCCCCAGUUCCCGAUCCUCCCUAGCGGCAUGACCGUGCAACAAGCUGCGGAAAAGUGCGGUGACCAGGCACAGCUCUCCUGCUGCAACCAGGCCUCGAUGGGCGGCGACAGCACCAACAUCGACCAGGGUAUUGCCGCCGGUCUGCUCAAGGACGUCCUUGGCGGCGGGAGUGUGAACCAGGGCGUGAAUCUGUUCCAUCAGUGCGCCAAGCUCGACCUCCAGAUUCCAAUCAUUGGUGUUCCCAUCCAGGACGCACUGAACCAGAGAUGCAAGCAGAACGUGGCUUGCUGUCAGGCGCCCAAAGCGGAUGCGAGCAACGACGGAGUGGCUCUCAGCUUGCCUUGCAUCGCACUUGGCUCGGUUAUUUAG